CGAAAGAGCUCUUGAGUCAGGUGCACACACCUCCUCCAGCAGGAAUUACGUACUCAGCCCCGUCUCCCUCAGACUGAGUUGUUUUAGGCGCUCGGAAGGGCUAGGCGCAUAAUCUCGUUCAGCUCCUCGAUAUUAACAAGGAAGACACGCGAAGGACUGCCAGACAUGAGCUGUCGUGUCCAGUGACCCGCUGGCGAUGGGAUCUGACCAGCAUACUGAUCCGCUCCACCAGCAGCGUCAGCAGCACCGGAGAGCGCGACAGACGCAGGCACGCCUCGCGCGCCACUUUGGUCUUCGUUAGAGUUUUUCUUAUUUUCCUUUUUUUUCCCGUUUGUACUAUUUUGAUGUUGGUCUCGUCGUCGCGCAUGCGUUACAGUGUAGUUGAAUUUUCUGGAGAGCUUCUUCAGACUAAGUUUGGGCUGCUGCUUCUCGGUCGAUGAUGAGAGGGAUGCUGAUAGCUCGAGAUCACUGGCGCGCGGGGAUCUUGUGUCUCCUUUUGCUCGUGGCUUUGACGGUGGGUCGUAGUCCGCCGGCGCACAGUGUAAACGAACCAAGCAACAUGUCAUAUGUCAAAGUCACUGUGGAUAAACUACUCAAAGGCUACGACAUCCGCCUCAGGCCUGACUUUGGAGGUCCUCCAGUUGAUGUUGUUAUGAGUAUUGACAUCGCCAGUAUCGACAUGGUGUCGGAAGUGAACAUGGACUAUACCAUCACCAUGUAUUUCCAGCAGUCCUGGCGUGAUAAGCGCCUGUCCUACACAGGGAUUCCUCUCAAUCUAACUUUGGAUAACCGAGUUGCUGAUCAACUAUGGGUGCCUGAUACUUACUUUAUAAAUGACAAGAAAUCUUUUGUCCAUGGGGUCACAGUGAAGAACCGCAUGAUUCGCCUUCAUCCUGAUGGGACUGUGCUCUACGGCCUCAGGAUAACUACCACAGCUGCUUGUAUGAUGGAUUUGCGCAGAUACCCGCUGGAUGAGCAGAACUGCACGCUGGAGAUUGAAAGUUAUGGCUACACCACAGAUGACAUUGAGUUCUACUGGCAGGGAGGAAGUUCAGUGACGGGGGUGGACAACAUUGAGCUGCCACAAUUCUCUAUUAUUGAUUAUAAAACACUGUCUAAGAAAGCGGUGUUUGCCACAGGGUCAUAUCCUCGUCUGUCUCUCAGUUUUAAACUGAAGAGAAACAUAGGAUAUUUCAUCCUGCAGACCUACAUGCCCUCAACAUUGAUCACCAUCCUGUCCUGGGUCUCUUUCUGGAUCAACUAUGAUGCUUCCGCUGCAAGAGUUGCACUAGGAAUCACCACUGUUCUGACUAUGACCACAAUCAACACUCAUCUAAGGGAGACUUUACCCAAGAUCCCUUAUGUGAAGGCCAUAGACAUCUAUCUGAUGGGCUGCUUUGUCUUUGUGUUCCUGGCCUUGCUCGAGUAUGCCUUUGUCAACUACAUAUUCUUUGGCCGUGGUCCAAACUUGCAGAAGAAAGUGUCAGAAAAAGCUGCAAAAAGCAACAAUGAGAAGAGUCGCUUGGAGAGUAACAAAGUUCAGGUUGAUGUCCAUGGAAACAUUCCUCUAACAAACCUUGACCUGCGCCUUAGCGGGGCAGAUAUGUUAGGUGCUCUUGGGGACCCGAGGAACACCAUGUUCUCAUAUGAUAGUGCCAGCAUCCAAUACCGUAAGCCCCUUACAGGUCGGGACCUCUACGGCCGGCCCACUGCCUCUGUCGAGAGGCCAAUGGCACAAAAAAAGAGUCAUCUAAGGAGGCGAGCCGCUCAGCUAAAGGUGAAGAUUCCCAACCUGACAGACGUAAACGCCAUCGACAAGUGGUCACGUGUCAUCUUUCCCAUCACCUACACCUUCUUUAACUUAGUAUACUGGUUGUAUUAUGUCCACUAGGGAGCAGCACUGACACGACCCAGCCAUUCACACAUCAGACUCUCUUACCCUCCUUGUGGUUUUGACUGUCUUUUCUGUAAAUUAUGAAGAAUAUAUAAUAUAAAUCUAAAUUAUAAUUUUUAAAUAAGACAAAAUAACUUAAAAUGACUGCCCAACUUUUAAAGCUGUUAAUUGUAGAUUACGUCACAAAUAUUAGUUACAAUUUUUGCGCUUUGCUUCUGUAGGACCAUUUUCACUUACUGCAGAAAGUACAGCUUCAGAAUGGGGAGAAAAAGGCUUUUCUUUAGAGAUGACUGACCUGCAGCUGUAGACAGGCUUAAAUCUUAAAAACAGCAUUCAGAAGUUUGAUGUGUUCAUCAUCCAUCUUGCAUAUAUUGGAGGCCUGAAGGUCUUAAAGGGGUGUUCUUGGUUUAUUACAAGCUUUAUUGACAACAUUUGUGGUAUGAAUUUAAUUACAACAGAAAAUACUUUUAACUAAUUGCUCAGGUUUUAAUAAAUCAUUAAAAUUGGGAAUGAAUUAAAAAUGACUUUUGUCUGGUACUUUUAUACCCUGUAGAUUUUAUUAAAGAUUUAUCACUUUGUUUUACAAAAUUAUUAAAAAUAGUUAUUUAGUAAAGUGAAAUUGUUUCUGUUUGAGGUCAAGAGGUCAGUAUGACAAAAGAUUAGAAAGAUUAGUAAAAGUGUCAGCCUAAUUCUGUUUGGUAUUUGUGGUAUUAUUAUUUAAAUGGGGUUACAGUAAGACACCUACAAUGGAAGUACAUGUGCCAGACAACUGAAAUAAUAAUACCACAUAACGUAAGUUAUGCACAUUGGAAUGACAUGACAUAAAUGCGGAUAAUAUGCUCACGGAUACCUGAAACUGAUGUAACAGUUGUACUCUGCUUACAUAGAGCAAGCUCCACCUGCAAGACUAAAUGUACAGUAUCAUAUACUUUUAUACGAACUGAAGAGAAGUUAAUUUACCUCUAAUAGUAAUCCCUUAAAAGUAAUUUUAUAGUGAGUUGUUGAAGCUUAACUUGAACGAAAACCCGGAACAUUCCUUUAAAAUCAAGACCUUCUGCCUCAGUUUAGACACAUCACAUACUGUACAUUAAACCUGUUCAUCUUAGUAAGACUUUAGCAACUCUGCUACCAAUAAAUGAGCAAAAGAGCUCAUGGUUUGGGUUACAGCAUUUAUAGGGCUUGGUUAAGAUUAUCUGUCUAUAUGCAACUCACUUGUUCUCUGUUAUCAAAUGUAGUCAGUCUGCGAGGAACUGAUGUCCUUACAUCAGCAUGACGACACAUGAUGACAAGCAGGAUACGAGUUUCAAGUCCUCACAGUAUGUAAAUGUGUACAUUAAAACAUAUCAGGUAUUGAAAGAUAAUUGAUGUCAUUAUGUUUUUCUCUACUUUUUCUUAUAAAGCAACAAAUCCAUGCAGGAUUUCAUUCAUUGCAGCAGUUGAAUUUUAUACUUUAAAUCCCAAAAUAUAAAAUCCAGAUUCAUUAGCAAGAGGUUAAAAGACAAAAAUGGUUUUAGGAAAGUGAUGUAUUAUUUCCUACUGUUCAGUAUUUGAAUCAGCAUUCCUAACAUUAUUGCAAUCAAAAUGUAGCUAUGAUUUUAGAUAUGGACAUUAUUUUAGGGAUGUAGUUAUAACUAUUUAUCUAGGAAGUGACUUCACAGUAUUUAACUUUCACAUUUGCAUUUAGCUUUAGACUGCUAUUCACUGUGAGUUAUAUAUUAUCCAAGCUCACCAAAAUGGCUAAAAGGUCUUAAAAACAAAUUAGAUUCUUCUUCUUUAUGGCCGAACUUGUGCCUUUUAAGAAAAAACAAACAACAAAAAACGUAUUUUACAGGGUUUAACAUACAACAGCAGAGUAGAAAUAUUCUGAAUGGAUUUCCACUUUUCUAUAGAACAAAUAUUCCUUAAGGGUGCCACACAUAAUUAAAAAAAAGGUACUUUCAAGGGCUUUUCCAGUGCCCUGCAUUAAUAUUCCGUAUAAUAUUAGAAAUACAUAAAAUGCAUUUGGCAUGUAAAUAAAUUGCUUGCAUUGCUACACUCUUUUUGUUUCAGUGACAAUCUGACUGGGACAUGAGCUGCUCAGUUUAUUGUCCAGGAGUGAAUUUACUUUACAAAAUUCUCCAUUAAUGCUUAUCAAAGUCUGGCAAUGUGUAAACAAAGCAUAUUCACACGCUCCAGCCAUAAUCAGCAUGAAUACACAAACAUGUUCACAUAAAAGUGAAGUUAUAUUUAACUUUCAAUAGGCCAGCCGUAAUUUAUACAUGGUGUUAUGGCUUGAGAUACCUACAACAACAACAACAAAAAAAAGGCUAAAGUAUUUUUAAAAACAGUAUCCUAUUAACUGUGUAUGAUUUCUGUAAUUGCACUCAUGCUAUCUGCAAGUGCACUUCUGUGCAGAUGUGGAGUGUGUUGAAGGAGAAUUUACUGUUACUGAAUGAGACAGGAUGUUUGUAUCUAUGUAUUUAAGCCUAGAACCGCAACAACAGUUGUUCUUAAUGAUACUUUAUUUUAAAUCAUAGACAUUUUGAAUGAAUUCAAAUAAAAUAUCUCACCAAGCAUA